AUGACUAACGUGGUCAUCGUUGGCUCGGUGGCCACUUUGGCCUUCGUGAUCGUCUCUCUCGUAACUAUGGUCUCCCUGCUCAAAGAAAUUUCCGAACUUCAAAUGGAGGUCCAAGUUGGCAUGGAGGAGUUUAGGGUAAGCGGUAUCUUCUUUACACUCAGCCAUUCGAAACCAUGCAUUUUUCAGGGAAUUUCGGAGGACACUUGGAAUCGCAUAAUUUCGAAGCAUUUGCAUCCCACUGGAGAGUCGGAGGCUGCGCCUACCUUUGUUACCCUCUUCGGGCGUCGUCCUCGUGCCUCUGGUUUCCCAGAGCAGUGCAACUGCGGAGAAAAAUCCAGAGACUGUCCACCUGGACCUCCUGGACCUCGUGGACCUAAGGGACCUCCUGGAGAGCCUGGAAAGGAUGGUGAAGAUGGACGACCUGGCGUUCCAGGAGUUGCUCUCGCCGUAACCCAUGAUAUUCCUGGAGGCUGCAUCAGCUGCCCAGCAGGACCUCCAGGACCACGUGGACCUCCUGGAGACCAAGGACCACCCGGACCACCAGGACCAUUCGGACACCGUGGACCAGCCGGAAAUCCAGGCCCUGUUGGAGACCAAGGACCACAAGGAGACCAAGGACCGGCAGGAAUAGCUGGACGUCCUGGUCCACCAGGACCACCCGGACAACCAGGAACUCAAUACUCGCCUGGACAGCCAGGUCUUCCAGGACCUCAGGGACCACGUGGACCUCCAGGAGAGCAAGGACCUCCUGGACCCGACGGAAAGAAUGGACUGCCAGGACCCGCAGGCCGUCCUGGUCGCAAUGGCAAAGACGGUAAUCGUGGAAGAAAUGGCCUACCUGGACCGGUAAGUUCUUUGCUACUAACUUGGCAAAAUAGUUAUUAA